UAUAGACCAAUAAUAACAAAAUAAAAUAAAUACUGAGAAAUUUCCCACGCUGAUGAUAACUGCCAGAGGAAAAAUAAUAAUAAUAACUCCCAAAAUUGAAAAUAUUAGUCUGUAAGAUCCCAUUUUCUCAGAUUCACAACUAUGCAACCAGAAUUAGUAUCUCAUUACAGAAUCGAGAAAUUUCGCAGAAGAAACCCUAGAAUUUGACAAGAUUUGUUGAAUGAAUGUAUAUGAACGCGCCAUUCUCCAGUCGUCGCGUUUGUUAACGAAGAGAUCUUUGAUUUGGUUAGUAGAGUUGUGAAAAGUUUCAAAUAAAGUUAAGUUUUGAUCUCUCCUACUUUUUGUUUGAUGUUGUUUGUAUUUUAGUUAGAUUUUUUUUUUGAAGCCAUUCCAGAUUUGUAUUAUUCAUUAUAGAUUUAGUAUUACCUAUAUUUACAGUUGAAAGAGAUUUAAUAUUGAAAGCAAGUUAUUAUUUGUUGAUAUAUACAUAUACAUUUAUUAUUAGGUUGGAUUUCUAUUUGAAACGAAUUAGAAAUUUGAUCUUAUAGUGAUAGGAUUAGAAUUUUUGAUUUGGAAUAGGAAUAGGAUAGUUCAUUGAUUUGGAUUGGGACUCAGAGUUUGGUUAAGUUUCAGAAAGAUUUAUUAAUUUAGAGGGAUUUGGAAACAAGAGAGUUAAUUGAUACAAGUAGAAGGGAGAUGAAAGGGAAACCAAUUGGUUUGGAAGGACAAUGACUGGAGGGUCAUUGGGGCAGCGUACAUCGAGUUAUGGAUCACUGCAACAACAACAACAACUUCAGAAUAGUGUUGCAUUGCUGCCAAUUCAAACCACACCAGUUCCACGCAAACAAGGAAAGAUGCUGUUAUCUGGUUCUAGAGAGAAGGAAAGGUUUCUUCAUCGGAUCUGUAAAUUUGCUGGACGAAGGAGGGUUGGAAUGCUUCUCCUAGUCGUUGUUUCUGUUGUGGUUUUCAUGUCUGUAUUAUCUGCUGUUAAUAAAGAUGAAGAUAUACCAGAAGGCCCUGAUUCAAGCAGUAGGUCAACUAUACAUAUCCAAGGAAAUAGUCCUGGUGGUUUCAUGCCUUCAAACGAUACUGAUUCUUCCCAUGGGGAAAAAGAAGACAGAAAGGAUAGUAACUCUACUGUACCAAAUAAUGUGCCAGUAAGUAGGGAAAUUAAAGCUACAUCUGCACCAACUUUUUCUCCUCCUACCUCUCCGCCCCCUCCUCCUCCUCCUCCUCCUCCUCCUCCUCCUCCUUCCCCUACCCCUACCCCUCCUCCUUCCCCUUUCCCUCCUCCCCUCCCUCCUAAUUCUCCUCCACCUCUUUCUCGAACAUCUGCUGUGGUAGCCCUUCCGCCAGGUCAUCCAUGUGAAAAGUUUACACUUCCUCCCCCUCCUGCUGACAAGAAACGGACUGGUCCGCGACCAUGUCCAGUAUGUUAUCUUCCGGUUGAGCAGGCGAUAGCUAGUAUGCCGAGUGUCCCAUCCUCUUCUCCUGUACAGAAUUUAACUUAUGUUUACGAGGAAAAGCCAAUAAGAACUGAAGCAUUUCCAACUGGAGGCUCCGAGUUUGGUGGGUUUCCUUCUUUACAGCAGAGAACUGAUUCUUAUGAGAUAAAGGAAUCAAUGAAUGUGCACUGCGGGUUUGUCAAAGGAACACAACCUGGUCGCCAGACUGGAUUUGACAUCGAUGAUGCUGACCUUCGUGAGAUGGAACAGUGCCGCGGAGUUGUUGUUGCAUCAGCCAUAUUUGGAAACUAUGAUGUAUUACAACAACCAAAGAAUAUGAGUGAAACCACAAAGAAAGAUGUAUGCUUCUAUAUGUUUGUGGACCAAGAAACAGAGUAUUACAUGAAAAAUUCAAGUAACCUGGAUGGCCAAAAUAAGGUUGGCCUAUGGAGAAUUAUUGUCGUACAUAAUCUUCCCUACUCUGAUGCAAGAAGAAACGGAAAAGUUCCUAAGCUUCUGUUACAUAGGAUUUUUCCUAAUGUGCGGUAUUCUCUUUGGGUUGACGGAAAGCUAGAGCUUGUGGUGGAUCCUUACCAACUCCUCGAAAGGUUCUUGUGGCGUAAGAAUGCCAGUUUUGCUAUCUCCAGGCAUUAUAGACGAUAUGAUGUGUUUACGGAAGCAGAAGCCAAUAAAGCUGCUGGAAAAUAUGACAAUGCAUCCAUUGAUUUCCAGGUUGAAUUUUACAGGAGAGAGGGUUUGACUCAUUAUUCUGAGGCAAAGCUUCCAAUCACAAGUGAUGUUCCUGAAGGAUGUGUGAUCAUUAGGGAACACAUUCCGAUAACCAACUUGUUUACUUGUUUAUGGUUCAACGAAGUCGAUCGUUUCACUUCUAGAGACCAGAUCAGUUUCUCUACUGUGAGAGACAAGAUUAUGUCAAAAGUUGACUUGGGUUUGAACAUGUUUCUUGAUUGCGAAAGACGUAACUUUGUGAUUCAGGCAUAUCAUAGAGAUUUGCUAGAGCACAUGGCUCCACCGACUGCCAUUGUUGUUCGUCCUCCACCAUUACCUUCACCCGCACCCCCACUUCCACUCCCACCUCCAUUGGAUAAGACUAAUGAUUUGUCGAGCAAUAUACCAUCACCAGAUAUGGUUACAGAGGCGUCCACAAAGAUCGGUGGCAGAAGGCGGGGAAGGGAUAGAAGAUCUGGUUCCAGACGUCGCAGUCCCAAAACUGCAACACAAUAACAGCAGAGGGACACAAACACUUCAUUUUAGAUGUUGUCAAAAUAGUUUUUCUUCAUUUUUAUUCUUCCCAUGCAUUCAGAAGUAUUCAUCUCAUGGGAAGGAAAAUUUGAGCAGAUGAGUGUAGAGAAGAGAUGUUUCUGACGGAACAAUUUUGCUGGAUUUUUAUUUUUUUGCCUAUUAUUCAUUGCUGCUGUAAAUAAUUUAAUUUCUAAAUAAAUCAUUAUACUAGUCCUUCAUUCUCUAA